UGAGGGUUGGAGUAUUGCCGGCGCACGCCACGCAGUGGACCGAUAACCGUUCAGCGUUGCUAUAAAGGUGGCAGGUGAACUGUAUUCUUAAGCAGACUGAGUGAGAUGACCGCGUUGAUAAGGAUAAGCGUGUUUGUGGCAACAGCCAUCGCCACUGUUGCUUUUGGCCCAACGUUGGCUCGUUCCGUUUAUUGUGGAGGACACGCAGAUCUCCAAGUUGGUUAUUCUAUCUCCAUUCGUUCUCCCAACCAUCCCUACGCUUACCCAAGGCCUUUGAAAUGCAUCUGGACAGUCUCCUCACCAGCAAACACGGUUAUGAGGCUAAUCUGUCCCACUUUCCAUGUAAAACCAAGUAGUAAGUGCCAAGACGAUACAUUCUGGGUCUUUCCCAGUGCCAAUAUUUACGAUGUAGACGGCAAGUACUACUGUGGCACCGGUACUUUAAAUGUCCUCAUAAAUAAUAACAGCUUCGGUGCAAUAUUCGAAGCCAGUCCCAUAUUCUAUUUUGAUUAUUAUACAGGCUUCAACUGCAAACUUACGGUGGAAAACAAGAUCAUUACAUCCACUACUAUUUCGCCUAAAACCGUAACUUCCAGUAUUACUGAACAAUGUGGAGUGAAGGGAGCCUCAAGAGUUGUGGGAGGUCAAGAUGCAGCUGUGAAUGAGUGGCCGUGGCAGGCAGGUGUCCGCCGCAUGUCUGACGGAAUGUUAUUCUGUGGUGCAGCGUUAAUAUCUUCCCAGUGGUUAGUGACGGCGGCUCAUUGUGUCGUACCUUUCACUGUACAGGAUAUCUUUGUAAGUUUGGGGGAUCACGAACUGAAGCUGGGAGAAAAUACACCCUUCACAAGGCACAUAACUGUCGCUGAAAAGAUCGUACAUGAGAAAUUCAAUCCUCAUACCGCCAAUAACGACAUCGCUCUAAUUCGUUUAAGUGGGUCCGUCAAGUACAAUGCAGGCAUCAGGUCGAUCUGUCUUCCAUGUCAAUAUGUCAAGUAUAACCUGAGCGGGGAAAACGGCACGGUGACUGGCUGGGGAACUGUCAGCGAAGGUGGGAAGCAGAGUGAUGUCUUGCAGGAGGUGGAGUUGCCCAUCCUUACAACUGAUGAAUGUAAGGCGCACUUGAAUGAGAGCGUGACGGCCAACAUGAUAUGCACCUAUCUGCCAGGUUACGAUGCAUGCAAAGGCGAUUCUGGAGGCCCACUGAGCUGGCUGAAGAAGGAGAAUUACUAUUUAGUGGGAGUGAUAUCCUUUGGUAUUGGCUGUGCCAAGCAGUCUCUCCCAGGUGUCUACACCAAAGUUGCCAACUAUUUGCAGUGGAUAGAGAAGAAGUCCUCCGUCAAGUUUUGUUCUUAAACACUCAAAUGUGAAUAAUUUAUAAUAUGAAAUAAGUGAAACUUUGACAAAUAACGUUACGUACAAAUAACGUUAAGUAUGACGUCAUUCCUAUUCCUGUGAAUAGAAAAUAUCCUCUAGUAAUUAAUCUGCAUGGUAGGAAUAACCAACGUAUCUUAGAGAUUAAGAUGAUUUUACAGUUACACGUUACAAUUGUAUCAUGAGACAAUUGUUUUGGGUUCUGUGAUGAUAAGUAGUUAUCAGGAGAUGAAGGGCAGGUAAUGAGACUAGACUAUGAAUUCAAAUCCAGGCUGACAUUGACCAGUGAUGGGCUUCAACAUUAGUACCACUUGGAGAUGGGCUCCAGCAACUGAACACUUAAUGUUGAAUUCAAGCAAGUGAGCACCUGGUGAUGGGUUCCAACAAGUGAAUACUUAGUGAUGGGCUCUGGUAAAUGUAGACCUUGGAAUGGGUUCUACUAACAGCACUGCCUCUCCUCUCUGGCUCUUCGAACUAUUCAUCACAUAAAACAAAUUGUUAUCCUCAUUUAGUCAAAGAUCUACAAACCAUACAAUUAUUAAAUCUGGAUGCUUGAAGUGCAUACAUUAAAAGUUUUGAACAAGAUACUGAAAGUUAAAGCGUUUCAAUACCUAUUAUUUAUUUAUUUAUAUUCAAGAAGGUACAUUGGGGAUUAAUAGAGAACAUAGAAAUUGAGUUGAUUUUACAUUCUUGUAAAGUCACUAGCA